AUGAGUCAACAAGAAAUACAACUGCAAGAACUUGAGGCGCUGGAGGCAAUAUUUCCAGGGGAAUUAGAAAUUAUUGAUCGUGAUUAUCCAAAUAUUGAAAUAGUGAUAAAUUUAGCACCUCAUUCGGAUGAAAGCGCAGUGGAAGACUCAUCUGAUAUUUUUAAGCUGAGGUUAUCUAUACGACUUCCUCCAGAUUAUCCCGAUCAAGUUCCAGUGCUAUCACUAAGCGGGUUAGAACCGUUAUUUAGUGAAGGAAGGAUUAAGAUGAUCUCAGAUGAUCUUUACAAAGUCGCGGAAGAGAAUUUAGGAAUGCCGAUGGUUUUUACUAUUAUUUCCUUAUUACAGGAUAACAUUGGUGUGCUCGUGGAAGAUUUGAAUAAGGAGAAAGAACAGUUGAACCAGCAAAAGAUAGCGGAAGAAGAAGCAUUGAAUAGGAAAAAAUUUGAAGGUAUUCGUGUAACUCCCGAAUCAUUUAGAGAAUGGAAGUUAAAUUUUGACAUUGAGGUGGAAGCUGCACGAGAGAAGGAGAAGAAAAUUCGAGAAGCUGCUUUGUGUGGAAAACUUACGGGACGUCAACUUUUCUUGCGAGAUGCUUCUUUGAAUCUUUCUGAUUUUGCCGUAAUGCAAGCAGCAGGGAAUGUAGAAAUUGAUGAAUCUUUAUUUGAUGAAGUAUCACUUUUUUAUUAG